AUGUCAUCUCCUGUAAAAAUUAACUCUGUUUUCAGGGCGGAAAGGAGUUCGAGGGAGACAGGGAACAAAUGUGGUGUCGGAUUGAAGCCAGAUGUUGUUGGUCUUCCAUUAAAGGAUUGGUCUCUAACUGAACACAAAACAACGACAUGUUAUCUUUGCAUGAAUUGCGCACACCCACUGUUUGACUUAUUGCUCCAAAGGUGGUUUGAUGAAAGACUAUGUUGA